AUGUCGUCGACGGAGAAGCCGCUUGCCAACGGCAACGGCAGCCUGAAGGCCGCCAGCCAGCCGGAAGAAGUGGAAAACAUCUUCAUGUUCAUUCCGAACCAAAUUGGCUACUCGCGCAUCGUGCUCGCCGUCGCGUCGCUCUACUACAUGCCGCUGCACCCGCGGACGUGCUCGCUGCUGUACAGCGUGUCGUGCCUGCUGGACGCGCUGGACGGGCUGGCGGCGCGGCGCUUCAACCAGAGCACCAAGUUCGGCGCGGUGCUGGACAUGGUGACGGACCGGUGCACGACGGCCUGCCUGCUGGUCUUCCUGGCGUCGGCGUUCCCGCGCUGGGCCAUCGUCUUCCAGGGCCUGAUCAGCCUCGACCUAGCCAGCCACUACAUGCACAUGUACGCGACGCUGAGCAUGGGCGGCGCCGGCCAGAGCCACAAGAAGGUCGACGAGAGCAGGAGCUGGAUCCUCAAGAUGUACUACUCGAACAAUAAAGUCCUCUUCACCUUCUGCGCGCUGAACGAGCUCUUCUUCAUCGCGCUGUACCUGCUGUCGUUCUCGUCGCCGCUUCUCACGCCGUCGCUGCUGCAGAAUCCGGAGACGCCGGCCAGCCUGACGCCCGGGUCGCCCGCCGCGCCCAAGCCGUCGCUCCUCUUCACCAGCCCGUGGUCCGCCGGUGCCAUGGAGAUGGCCCGCGCCAACAAGAUGGACAGCACCGUCCCGUGGAUCCUCGCCGCCGUGUCCUUCCCCGUCAUGGCCGGCAAGCAGAUCAUCAACGUCGUCCAGCUGGUCAAGGCGAGCAAGUGGCUCGCUGAGGGCGACGUUGCGGAGAGGAGGAGGCAAGGCCUGCCGAAGAAGACGAAUUAG